AUGAGCGACGAGGGCAAGCGCAAGCGCUGGUUCCCGUUGGAGUCCAACCCAGAGGUCAUGAACACAUACGUGGAGAAGAUGGGCUUUCCCACGAGCUCGUUCAGCUUUUGCGACGUGCUGAGCACCGAAGAGUGGGCGCUGGCGAUGGUGCCGACGCCCGUCGUGGCAGUCAUCAUGCUUUUCCCAAUAAAACCUCACACAGAGGAAGCGGACAAGCAAGAGGCUGCAAGGAUAGAGAAAGACAGGCAAGUCGUGUCUCCCAACGUGUACUACAUGCGCCAAACUGUCGGCAACGCGUGCGGCACCGUGGGCAUCUUGCAUGCCGUGGGCAACAUGCGUCACCUUGUCCAGCUCGCUCCGGGGAGCUACUUGGACAAGUUUUUCACGUCGACUAAGACCAAGACGCCUCAAGAAAUCGCACACUACCUGGAAGAAGAUGAUGAGCUGGAAAAGACCCACGGCGGCGCAGCCGAAGCUGGUCAGUCAGAGCAACUGCAAAGCGUGGACGACCCGAUCAACACGCACUUUGUGUGCUUCAGCUGCGUGGACGGCCACCUGUACGAACUGGAUGGCCGAAAGAAGAGUCCGAUCAACCACGGACCUUCGAGUCCAGACACAGUGUUGCAGGACGCGUGCCAAGUUAUCAGGAAGUUUAUGGCCCGAGACGAGAACGAGAUGCGCUUCACGAUACUUGCGCUGGCAAAGACCGCGACGCAGUAG